GCGGCGGGCUGAUGGCGGGUCGCGGCGGCUGCCGGCGCGGGCGGGAGCAGCUGGAGCUGGAGCGGCUGGGCCAGGCGGCGGGGCCCGGCUCCUGCCCGCCGUCGCCGCCGCUCUCCGCCUGCUCGCGGCAGGCCUGGAGCCGGGACAACCCGGGCUUCGAGCCCGAGGAGGAGGAAGCGGCGGCGGCAGCGGCAGCAGGGCCGGUGCUGGAGAUGGACGUGGAGUGGGGCGGCCCCGCGGCCGGCGCUUCGUCGUCGUUGGGCAGCGCGGCGGCGGGCCAGGCCGGCGGGCGGCGGCAGCGCCGGGGGCCGGCGGGGCGCGGCGGGGCGGAGGUGCCGGGCCGCCACCAGGUGCCGCCGGAGGGCGCCGCGCCCCGCCGGGCGACCUGGGCCAAGCGCCUGGCGCGGCGACUGCGAGGUCUGUGGGGGACAAGACUCAUGGAAGAAAGCAACACCAGCAGAGAGCGCUAUCUGAAAAGUGUUUUACGGGAGUUGGUCACAUACGUGAUUUUCCUUAUGGUCUUGUGUGUCUUGACUUACGGGACAGUGAGCUCCAGUAUGUACUAUUACACAAGGGUUAUGUCGCAGCUCUUCCUGGAAACACCUGUAUCAAAAAUGGAGAAAACUGAUUUCAAAACUUUGUCCACAAUGGAUGACUUCUGGAAGUUUGCAGAAGGACCUUUGCUGGAUGGUCUUUACUGGGAGAUGUGGUACAACAACAAAACUAUGGCAGAAAACAAAAGCUUCAUUUAUUAUGAGAACCUGCUCCUAGGGGUGCCUCGCAUUCGGCAGCUGAAAGUGAGAAAUGGUUCAUGCUCAAUACCUGAAGACUUAAAGGAUGAAAUCAAAGACUGCUACGAUGUCUAUUCUGUAGCUAAUGAAGAUACUGCUCCUUUUGGACUUCAAAAUGGAACAGCCUGGACUUACACCAAUGAGAAGGAUUUGAAUGGAAGCAGCCACUGGGGCUUGAUUGCCACAUACAGUGGGGCUGGCUAUUACCAAGACCUCUCAAGGACCAGAGAAGUGACAGCUGUGCAGAUUGCUAGCCUUAAGAAGAACCUGUGGCUGGACAGAGGGACCAGAGCAGCUUUCAUUGAUUUCUCUGUAUACAAUGCAAACAUCAACCUAUUCUGCGUUGUCAGGCUGUUAGUGGAGUUUCCAGCAACUGGAGGCCUUGUUACGUCUUGGCAGUUUCAGCCAGUGAGGCUGAUUCACUACAUCUCCACUUUUGAUUUUUUCCUGGCAGCCUGUGAAAUGGCAUUUUGUCUUUUUGUUCUUUAUUAUAUGGUGGAAGAGAUCUUAGAAAUUCACAUUCAUAGGCUGCGCUACUUCAGAAGUCUCUGGAACUGCCUUGAUAUCCUUAUCAUUGUGCUUUCUGUUGUAGCUAUAGGAAUUAGCAUCUAUAGGACAUCAACCGUUGAUACACUCCUGAAGAAGCUACUGGAAGAUCAGAACUCAUUCCCCAAUUUUGAACCUUUGGCCUAUUGGCAAAUGCAGUUCAACAACAUUGCUGCAGUCACUGUGUUUUUUGUCUGGAUUAAGCUUUUCAAAUUUGUUAACUUCAACAGAACAAUGAGUCAGUUAUCCACUACCAUGUCUCGCUGCGUCAAAGAUGUCAUUGGCUUUGCUAUUAUGUUUUUUAUAAUUUUCUUAGCUUAUGCUCAGUUAGCCUAUCUUGUCUUUGGCACUCAAAUUGAUGACUUCAGCACUUUCCAGGACUGCAUAUUUACUCAGUUCCGCAUCAUUUUGGGAGACUUCAACUUCACAGAGGUUGAAGAAGCUAAUCGAAUUUUGGGACCAAUUUAUUUCACUACAUUUGUGUUCUUUAUGUUCUUCAUUCUUUUGAACAUGUUUUUGGCUAUUAUCAAUGAUACAUACUCCGAAGUCAAAUCGGAUAUGGCUCAACAGAAGGCAGAGAUGGAACUGUCUGACCUUAUCAGAAAGGGCUACAACAAAGCCAUGAUCAAACUUAAAUUGAAGAAAACUACUGUUGAUGACAUUUCAGAAAGUCUGAGACAAGGUGGAGGAAAACUAAAUUUUGAUGAACUCCGGCAAGAUCUAAAAGGGAAGGGGCACACAGAUGCAGAGAUUGAAGCAAUAUUUACCAAGUAUGACCAGGAUGGGGACCAGGAAUUGACAGAACAUGAACAUCAGCAGAUGAGAGAUGACCUGGAGAAAGAGAGGGAGGACCUGGACAUGGAUAGGAGUUCUCUGCCACGUCCUCUGAGCAGCCGCAGCUUCCCCCGGAGCCUGGAUGACUCAGAGGAGGAUGAGGAUGAAGACAGUGGACACAGCUCCAGGAGGAGGGGCAGCAGCUCAAGUGGGGUUUCCUAUGAAGAGUUCCAAGUACUCAUGAGGCGGGUUGAUCGCAUGGAGCAUUCUAUCGGCAGUAUUGUCUCCAAGAUUGAUGCGGUCAUUGUGAAGCUGGAGGCGAUGGAGAGAGCCAAACUAAAAAGGAGAGAUGUGUUGGGAAGACUGUUAGAUGGAGUGACAGAGGAUGAAAGACUGGGUCGUGACAAUGAAAUCCACAGGGAACAAAUGGAGCGACUUGUGCGAGAGGAGUUGGAGCGAUGGGAAUCAGAUGAUACAGCAUCCCAAAUGAGCCAUCGAUUGGGAACACCCCUCGGACUGAAUGGCCAGCCUCGUUCGAGGAACUCUCGGCCAUCUUCCUCCCAGUCAGAUGGUAUUGAUGGGGGAGGAGGAAAUGGAGGGAGUAACGUCCAUGUGUAGAAUUAACUUUGCAGGUGGUUCUAAACAUAUCAGGUCAGUAUUAAGCCAGCAAAUACACUACUCCACUGUUGCCCAACCUGAGGUGAUCAUCCUGAUCAGACCACUACAGGCCAUUUUCACUGUAAUGAAGUAAAUAUUCUUUUCAUUAGGCAUUUUCAGACCUAUGUAAGCCAUAGAAUCGUUUAGGUUGGAAAAGACCUUUUAAGAUCAUUGAGACCAACCGUUAAUUGAAGAUAGCUUUUCACAUCUCAUCACAUUAGUGAAGCAGAACAGAGGUAUUCUUGGACAAUCAAUAACAAAUGUAAAAAUUCAGUUAUGUGUUACCAGCAGUGAGACUGUCAGCCUUGGAAAUGAAAAUGCAGGAGACAGGAUGGACACUAGGUGUGACAGAAUCUACCUGCAAGGAAUCUUGGUUCCAUAAAUGUAUUGUUAUGAACACUUUCAUGAUGGCAGCAAGCUUCAGACAAAAUAAUGUGCUGUUACUAAAGCACUCAAAUGAAAGGCUGUGAGUUUUCUGCCUUCUAUUGGAAAAUAGGAUUUUUAAAUGCUUUUGAAAGCAGUUUUUAAAGGAAGAUGGCAUCAGGUUAUUGUCUCGUUCAUUUUAACAGCGGACGCUUUUCAAAGAGAUAAAACAGCAAGCACUUUUUUUUAAGAGUUUUUCCUUAUUCUGAGUUACUCUUGGUGUACUAAGAUAUUUUAAUUAACUUAAAAUGUUCAUUUUUUUCUUGUCUUUGAGAAAUACUGUUUCUUUAAGCAGAAGAAAGUGCACUUAGUUUGUACAACUGUAAAACACAUUAUUCCAUAAUAGAAACUGUACACAUUGCAUGUUUUUGCAUUCCAGUAGCAUUUCAAAAGUAAUAUUUGAGAACUGCCUCUUCGCACCCAACUAACAUAAUGAUUUUCAGCUUUGUUGCAAAGUGACCAUUUUUUAGUGUUAUGUUGUCAUUAUCUAAGUGUUACUGUGAUAAACAUUCCACAGGUUCUUAAUUAAGUAUGGUUACUUUGCAGAAAAUAUAUUAUUUAAAAGCACACAACAUUGAAAAACGUUAACUUAUCCUUGAGUGUGACAGAGAGGGGGGCAGAGAAGUUGCUGACAGUUGGGAAAAUCUGAUCUCAUGCUCUAUCAAGUUCUAAUUACAUCUUGAAUAUGUAGCCUGUAUUUACAUUUAACAGAACUACUUGUAAAAUUAUUGGGUAUUUUUCUACAUAGGCUUUUCUGCUGAGGGGCAACGCGUGAUUGCUUUGGAAAGGUGUUUGUAGUAUAAUCACUGAUUUUUAGUAUUUAAUUUUCUCUGCUUUCUGUGUCAUAGAAGCUUUGGUUUUGAAAAGAGAUGCAACACUGAAAUUGCAUUAGUUUCCUAUACAACACGUAGAGGCAUAGUGUUUGUAGUUUUGCCUAGCAACGUGUUUCCAUAUGUGGAAUGCCAGUUUAGGAGGGAGGUUGUCAAUUGUGCUUGUUUUCCUGAAGAUGGCAGUUGCCUUGGAUUAAAAGACUUGGAGUUGAUGUAAAGGAAAAUGGAAAGGUACAUAAUCACAUCUUAGCUAUUAGUAGAGUGUAUAGAGGAAAAAACGCCUAUUUAACGAAGUAGCACGUAUAUGUUAUGUUGGUGCUUUUCGUUUCAAAAAACAGUUGUUGCCAGGGGUUAGCAUCUCAUUCUUGUGGUAGUACUGCUUGGGCAAAGCUUACAUCUUGUAUAUGUUGUUAAUAUUGCAUUGUCUGGGUGUACAGUGACUCAGAAUGCCUUCCCUUUAACUAGAGAACUUGCUAAAACUAUACAGACUUCAUGCCUUUCCAUAUUUUUAGGUUUACAAGAAACCGUACGCACAGAAACUUAAUUAACAUAAAGGUGGAGAAGGAGGAAGCUCAGUGUGAAGGUUGGAAGUUCUUAGUAGGUUUGGCUGGAGAACAGAACGACUUAAGGAAACAGGCUGUGAUUCUUGUGAAGUAUUUUUUCUUUGUUGGUUAUUUUGUCCUACACUAAGAAGAAAUUCAUAAUCUUUCAGAAAAGACCCCGUCAACUUCCCAAAACGGCGCACAGCACAGUGGUUAGGGCAUUUGUGUGAAAUGAGACACUCAGACUAAGCUCUGUCUUGCCUUGAUUGAAAGUUUUUGGAUGUUAGAAACCUUCCUCAGGAAGGUUUUCCAUGUUGGACUGGCAUUUCUGACUAAACAAACAAAGCAAAAACCCAAUACUAUACACAUGGCCAGCUGAUAUGCAAGGAAAAUAGAAAAUAAAUCCAAAGUAGUUUAAAUAUGAAUAUGAAAACAAGGCUAUGUAUAUCCAAAAUGUGUAGUGUGUUGCUAUGUGACGUGAUUUUCGGCUUGAACUUCGAUGUAUGCUAACUAAUUACAUGUGUGUAACAUGUAAUUGAUGUUGGGUUUGUAGGAACAAGUGUUACCUAAAUGCUAAGAUAGUAUUUAAAUAAUCAUGUACUUAAAAUCAAUUACUUUGGCCAAAUGGCCCAACUUGUGUUGUCCAGCAAUCAGCUGGAACCUUGCUAAGAACACUUUGUGUUGAGGGUUGUGUCUGUGGCCUGUAAAGCAUGUGGCGUGCUGAGGGUUAUGGCAGCAGGGACCUGGGGAGUGUGCAGAAGCGAUCUAGUUGGCGAGGCAGGGCCUUCCUGAGGGAAAGAAAGAAAGAAACCAGACCUAUCAGUCUGGUUUUAAAUAGGUUUCCUGUAAAAAAAUUAUCUUUCAAAAUGUAAAUUCAAGCAGGCAGUUUAUCUUUUAUUUGUAGUAUAUGUUUGUUACAAAAAUACUUGCAUUCGUAGCUCUAUUUGUUGAGGUAUAUUUCUGUAACGUGUCGUUACUUAAUAACAAACUUCAUCUUGAAGUGCAGUGAGUUUUCAUGGGGUACCCGUGUAUGUUGACAGUGAGCCUUGCAAUAGGUGCAUGGCCACUUAACGAAUGUUACAAACAUUUUAUUAUUUCAUUUUCCAACUUUAGAUUAUAAUAUCAUUUGUCACUUAUUACAAAGGUAAGAUUUUUCCAUAGUAAUAUACAGUGUUUGGUCUUAUUAGGAAGCUUUUAAUUAUGCAAGUCUUCUACAGUGAUCAAGAAUGUAUUGAUCUGUAAAACUGAGCACUUUACUUCCUAAUAAAUGUUUUAUAUCAUCUAUUAAGCAAACAUUGUGCCAUACACUUGGUUUGUUUAUAACAGAACAUUAAAAAUGCCACGUAUUA